AUGAUUCUUCGCUUGCCCCCGAGCCUGCAUUACCCGAUCACCGUGACGUCGCUGCUAAAGCAGCCUGGCGACACGGUGGAGAGGGAUGAAGCUCUCUUUUGGUACUUCUACGAGACCACGGUCACAGAGGGUGAUGGACUUGGGAACAAAGUCGACGUUUUGCGCAAGUUUCCGGCUAGAUUCGAGUCUACGGCUGAUGGAGAGAUCGUCCAGUGGAAGAUCAAGAAAGGCGACGUCAUUGAUGAACCCGUCAACGUCGUCGAAAUCGAUGAGCCCUGCGCUCACGAGGUCCAGUUCGGUGGAUUAUGCGCAGAAUGCGGGAAGGACGUGACUGAAUCUACCUACAACACCGAGAUCACGGAUUCCAUGCGCGCUCCAAUCUCCAUGGCCCACGAUAACACCACACUUACUGUCAGUCACCGGGAAGCGGCUAGGGUUGAGGAAGAUGCGAAGCGCCGACUUCUUGCCUCGAGACGCCUAACUCUGGUUGUGGAUCUCGAUCAGACCAUUAUCCACGCCACUGUUGACCCGACGGUGGGAGAAUGGAGGGAAGACAAAGACAAUCCAAACCAUGAAGCUGUCCGGGACGUGAGAACUUUCCAAUUAAUCGAUGAUGGGCCUGGAAUGCGCGGGUGCUGGUACUAUAUCAAGUUGCGACCAGGCCUGGAGGAGUUCCUUCAGAAUGUGGCAGAAAUCUAUGAGUUGCACAUCUAUACGAUGGGCACCCGCGCUUAUGCCCAACACAUUGUUGAUAUCAUCGAUCCGACUCGCAAACUUUUUGGAGACCGAAUCCUUAGUCGUGAUGAAAGUGGAAGCUUGACAGUCAAGGAUCUGCAACGGCUGUUCCCUGUUGAUACAAAGAUGGUGGUCAUUAUCGAUGACCGUGGUGACAUCUGGCGCUGGAGCCCCAACCUGAUCAAGGUUUCCCCAUAUGACUUUUUCGUCGGCAUUGGCGACAUUAACUCCAGUUUCUUGCCCAAAAAGCAAGAUAUUGGAGCCAACAAGCCCCAGAUUGAACAGAAGGCGCCAGAGAAGCCCAAAGAAAACCAUGUCAAUGGCCAAACACAGAACCCAGAAGGGACGGAGGUGUCAGCGCUAGAACAAAUGGUGACCAUGGGAGGCGGAGAUAGUCCAAGACUACUACAAGAGCAAGCCGAUGCACAGGAAGAAACCAUCUUACACCAGGUGGAAGAUCGUCCUUUGCUACAAAAACAAAAAGAAUUGGACGCAGAAGAUAACCCCGAAAGCAACGAAUCUCCAAGUGUUGAGGAAUCUCAAGAGUCCGCGAAACACCGCCACCAUCUACUCGAGGAUCACGACCAGGAACUUUACCAAUUGCAGGACCGUCUCGAGCAGGUUCACUUGCAAUUCUACGAAGAAUAUGACAAGAAGCGAACUCUCGCAAUAGGCGGCCGCGUAGCAGCUUUGCGCGGAGAAAAAGUUCAUUCAAAAGACCGUGAUGUGGAUCUUAAACUGGUUCCCGACGUCAAGGACAUCAUGCCUCGAAUCAAACGGCGUAUCCUUGGAGGUGUUGUUCUGGUGUUCUCGGGAGUUUUACCUCUGGGCAUCGACUUCCAGAAUGCCGAUAUCUCCCUUUGGGCCAAGAGCUUUGGCGUGACCAUCUCGUCAAGGAUUAACGCACGCACAACUCAUCUUGUCGCUGGUCGCAACCGUACCGCCAAGGUGAGAGAGGCCACACGCUACCCGGGUAUUAAGAUCGUUACCACGCAGUGGCUUGUCGAUUCGCUGGUCACAUGGAGACAAGUGGACGAAGAACCAUAUCUUCUUCCCGUUCACCCCGAUGACAGGGGGGAACCCAUAUCGCCAGAAGCACUCGAGCUCGAAACAUCCAUGCUCUCAUCCACAGACGAGGAUAUCACGGGAUCUCAGUGGACCCAGGAAGAUGACGCAGAGGAUAUUUUUAAAUCGUCCGGUCUGGACGAGACCUCACCUGUCGGCUACGGCGCUGACGAGCAAGCCGAAGUCCACGACGAACUCAAGGACUUCCUCGGUAGCGAUGACGAAAGCGAAAGCGACAACGAGUCAUUACUGGAUGAGCCAUCAUCAGGCACAAAGCGGAAGCGGGACGAAGCAUCCGAAGGCGCGACCGACGACGACGAAUCUGGCGACGACGACGGGGAUGAUCCCGAACGGGGUUCCCGGCUAUCCCAGCGUAUCAAGCGAUCCUACGAGCGCAACACCAAGCUCCGAGAGAUCACAUCUGCACCUGCCCGCAUCGACGAUGCAUCCCUGCCCCCCUCGCAGCCAGCGGGCUUGAAUGCAGAGGAAUCCGAGUCUGAAACGGUGGAUACUAGUCAAAAGGUCAGCCACACCGAAGAUCCUGAUGACGAGGAUGAGUUGGAACGAGAGAUGCUCGCUGCCUUUGAGGGCGGUGAAUAUGAUUCUCAGGUGGAGGAUGAUGCUCCCGCCGAGAGCGGGUAG